ACUUUAUCUUUUUUAUUAACACUUAAUUUGGUAUAGGAUUUUCUUAUUUUUUUUUAAAUAACUCAAAUGACUUGAAUAAAUGUUUAUUGUCAUUCUUAAUAAAAUUUGUCUUAAUUUGUUAUUUGUAUGACUUAUUCUACUCUAUUUUUAUUCCAUAAUUUUCUUAACAUCUAAUGCAUUAACAAAUACUUUAUCAAGGUGAUAUUCUUAUUAUAGUCCCAUUGACAUCCAAUUAUAUAUAUAUAUAUAUAUAUAUAAAGUAUAUGUUUAAAAUAUAUUUUAUAUUUUAUAUUUUUAAAAUUAAAAAUAAUAAUAUAAAAGAGUUUUUUGAAGUUUUUAUUGGAAAAGAGUAAUAGUAUUACUUAAAAAAAAAAAAAACCUUGAGAUAUAAUUUAUUAUUAUUAUUUUUAUAUUUUAUUUUUAAUAAAAAUAAUUUAUUAUUUAACUAGAGUUGAAAUAACAAAACAUAUUUACGCGAAAACCAGUUAUUUCUCAAAAUAAAAACAUCAUUUGAAUAAUAUUUCAUCUUUGAAAAACGGAAAACAAAUAUACGCAACAACGUACACUAAAAUUGUACAUAUUCAUGUCUCAAAUUCAAAGAGUCUCAGAAAAAACCCUAGAGCAUGGCGUCGGAGGGACGAUGCCUGUACGAGGUUCUCGGCCUCACAACCGACGCCACCGCAGAUGAAAUACGGUCGGCGUACAAGAAGCUGGCUCUCCAGCGCCAUCCGGAUAAGCUGGUUCACUCCGGCCUCAGCAAAGCCGACGCCACCGCUCAGUUCCAAGAGCUCCUUAACGCCUACGAAGUCCUCUCCAAUCCCGAGGAACGCGCUUGGUACGAUUCCCACCGAUCUCAAAUCCUCUUCUCUAACCCCACCUCUUCCAACGGCUCCGUCCCCAAUCUCUUCUCCUUCUUCUCCAAUUCCGUGUAUUCUGGGUACGACGAUACGCGCAAGGGAUUCUAUAAGGUUUAUUCGGAGGUUUUUGACAAAAUCUACGCUACUGAAGUCAAUUUCGCGAAAAAAUUAGGGUUAGGGUCUAUUAAGGAGGCUCCAAUGAUGGGGAAUUUGGAGAGUCCGUAUUCGCAGGUGACUGCAUUUUAUGGAUAUUGGAUAGGGUUUUCUACAGUGAUGGAUUUUGCGUGGGUUGAUGAGUACGAUGUUAGGGCGGGGCCGAAUCGAAAGUCUAGGAGGUUGAUGGAGGAGGAGAACCGGAAGCUGAGGAAGAAGGCCAAGAGGGAGUACAACGAGACGGUUCGGGGGCUGGCGAAGUUCGUGAAGAGGAGGGACAAGAGGGUAAUUGAUAUGCAGGUGAAGAAGAGUUUGGAGGAGGAAAAAAGGAAGGAGGAGGAAAAGACGAGGAAGUGGGAGGAAUUUGAGAGGGGGAGGUUGGAGAGGGCGAGGGCGAAAGUGGAGCCGGAGUGGGUCAGGGCUGUGGAGGAUGAUGGGAAUGAUGAUGAUUGGGAAUUUGAGGAUGCAGGUGGUGGGAGGAAGGAGGAGGAGGAAUUUUAUUGUGUGCUUUGUAGAAAGAAGUUCAAGAGUGAGAAGCAGUGGAAGAAUCAUGAGAAGUCAAAGAAGCACAAGGAGUGGGUGGCGGAGUUUAGGGAGUCAGUUAAGGAAGAAGAUGAAAGGUAUGGAGAUGCUGAAGCAGGGAUUCAUGGCAACGGGGAUCAAAGUGAGGUGGAGUUGCAGGAGCAGUUUGAGGAUGGUUUGGAGUUGGAGGAAGAGGAGAUUGAAGAUGGGGCUCAAAUUGAAUCCAGUAACGAGGAAGAGUUUGUUGUUGGCGAUGUUAGUCAUAGUGGUAAUGGUACAAAUGCGGAGUUGGGGUCUGAUGAUGAAAUGAGUGUGCUUGAAGCAAUGUUGUCGGGCCACAAGAAUAGGAAAAAUGGGAAAACUGCUGUUGCUUCAGUGCUGGAGCCGGAGUCUUCUGUUACUGAAGCUCCUGUUGACAUUAACAAUGAUGAGAUGGACUUUAUGGAAUAUGAUAACCGAAAGAGCUCGCGGAGGAGGAGAGGCAAGAAAGACAAGGGUAAGAGAUCUAAUGGGGAGGCAAUGAAGCCUGACAGUAGUACUGGAGACAAGGGUGGUCAGGAUGAACAAAAUAGUGGCUCUGAUGCUUCACAUAUCCAGGAUUCUUCAACUUAUUCUGUUGCGGAAAAUGAAACUGAUGGUAAGGAGGAUCAUCAUGCAGAAACAAAUAAGAUUCCAAAGCAACCUGUCAAUAGAAAAGCUACCUCCAAGGGUGAGAUAGAUACGAAACCGAAGGAAUCAAACAAAGUGAGGAAAGCAAAGGUUGCACAAAGAAAGGCACUGGGCAACACAUGUGAGACAUGUGGAGAAGACUUUGAGUCAAGGAAUAAACUACAUCAGCAUUUGGGUGACACGGGUCACGCCAUGCUGAGAGCUCGGUGAGGAAUUCACAAAUUCUCAGUCCAUUGAUUGGCUUCCAGGAACUGGUCCGCCUUGAUUUUUUUCCUCCCCCCAAAUAUUAAAUUGUUUUUCUUUGUUAUCAAGUCAAAACAUGGAAAGGUGCCUCCACUCGAGAAAGUAUAGGAAUUUUAAACAGUGAAUUAAUUGUGCAUGUGUGCUUAUUUUCUGACCUAUGGAAUCCACCUGAUGGCGUUGGUUAAAAGUUACAAAACUUGAAAACUAA